AAUGAGGAAAUGGCCUAUCGUACAUUUUCUUUAUCAUCCAAGUCAUCUAAAUAGAAAAAAACUGCAUGUGUGGCCCCUGUAUGACAUCAUAUUUUAUCAAUUUCUCAGCAUGGACAAUGAAAGGCUUUCUGACCUCUAGCGAAGGGCACACAGCCUCGGACAGGGAGGGAAAGAAGAUUCUUAUGAAUGGUUUGAUUGAUGGAUACAGAGAUGGAGGCAGGGACUUUGCUGUGGAGGGAGGAGGGGAUACUUGUGAUUCACCAUAAAAAGCCUGAGCAUAUUGUGUAAAACUCUCUUUUCAUUGGUGGAGAUGCAUUCAAUGAAAAAAGUGGUUUUAUUAACUGUAGCUAAGCAGGGUUGGCAGACUAUUCAGGUAGAAUGUCUUUACAGCCUAACACCCACAGGUUGGGGUAGAUGAUGCCCCCACUUGUUGCCCUGGAGUCCUUAAACUGCUCAGUUUCCCAAGAACUGCAGUGACUCGAAUAAUAAGGGGAGGACAUAUCAGGUUUUGGCUGAACUCUGCUUCAGCGAGCAGUGAUCCGAUAGAUGUCGGAGGACAUUUCAUGCUAAAGUCUCGGAACUCUGGCUCGCCAUGCCGACGAAUCCAUUGAGAGAAAUUCGCAGCGUUAGUCAUCGUAACAACUAUCCGCAGUGUGUGUAGUGGUCGCAUAUAGCCUCACUUGUUCCCCUUCCACUGAGCUCCACAGUGCGCCGUGCAGGGCUUGGCUGACGUUCUCUGUGCUCCGCGUCUGUAGACUGCGUGCGUGAUUUUUCCCACCCGCAGAGGUUUAACACAGUCAAGCGGCAUGGUCACAUGCCGGCUGGGUCGGUGGCGGUGUGCGCUGGGUGCCCGGGUCAUUAGGGUGUUUGCGCAGGACGUGGCGAUCCGACGCCAGUGAUCCGGCAGGUGAUGUUUGCUCACGUAAGCCUCUCGCGUUUGAUGAGAGGCGCAGGGGACGCGGCUGGAGGGUGCGCGCCACUGUUGCAUCGCCUCACCGGAUAACCGCUGCUAUUUCAUCCCGUUGUUCUUCCUCGGCUUUCGGUUCUGUUUUUCUUUUUUUUUCUUUUUUUUUUCUUUGUCAAUUUUCAUGCCAACUUACGGGUUUACAGGAUUGGGACUCUUUUAAAGAUCGAAAUAAGUGGAUAAAGGACCCGACCUUGUGUGUGCGUGGAGUGCGUACCGUUGCUUUUGAUUCCCCUGUACGCGCAAGCGGCUUUUUUUUAUUUCAGAGAGGCAAUGCGCCCACCCAUGCGAUGCUAGCCUAUUAGCUGGAGAGAGAAGAGAGAGAGAGAGGGAGAAAGGAAGAGAGAGGGAGGGAGAGAGGUUUCUGCCCUGGAAUCGAGAGGAGGCUAAUUUACGAGUCUUGUUUUGCCUUUCAGGAAAAGGGGAGAUAAGGGGGGGAGGGUGGUUGGUGAAGGAGAAUGCAGCAAUCACAUUUUUAAGCAUGCAGAAGCGGGCCGUUUCCGGUUCCUAGGCUGGUGUGUCCCCCAUCCGAGGCCAGCAGCCGUAUGGGGAAAGCAGCGGCAGACACAGAUGGCAUGGACACUUCCACAAGGUCUGCCGCUCUGCCCUGCCUGCUCUGCCGGAGCCCGUUCGCCGCCGUCUCUCUCUUCCAGCUCGCUCCGCCGCCCAGCAGCACUGCAGCACAGCACAGGCUGACGGCAUGAGGCUUGAUCCAGUGCAUUUCUCCAUGCUGGUCAUCGGGGUCUCCUUCGCCUGCUACGCCCCGAGUCUCAACUCCCUCCAGGACCAGGCGUACCGAUCAGCCGUGGUCAUCGAGGGCGAGGUGCGCUCCUCCCCGCAGAACGCCUCCUCCCGGGAGCCUUACAGUGUGAAUGUCAAAGUGCUGGACGUGUGGCCCGUCAACAGCGGCGGCCUCGAGAGGGAGCAGCUCGUGACCGUCGGGGACUUCGGUUCCGAGGCCCCGUGCACCACGGUGGAGAAGGACCACAGAUAUAUCUUUUUCAUGGACCCCACCGCUGAGCCCUUGGUAUUCAAGGCAUCGUACGCCCCCGUGGACGCCAGCGAGCCGGACCUGAAGGAUGUGGAGAGAGUGUUGUGCGAGGACUGCGCCUCUGCUCCUAAGCUUCGGCUGAUGCGAGGCCAAUCCCUGCUGGAAGGCGACAAGAUGCACCUGAAGUGCGAGGCGUCGGGGAGUCCCAGCCCUUCCUUCCGCUGGUACAAAGAUGGACACGAGCUUCAGAAAGGCAGAGACCUCAAAAUAAAGACCAACAAAAAAAACUCAAAGGUGCAGAUCAGUCAUGUCCGUCUGGAAGACUCCGGCAACUACACCUGUGUGGCGGAAAACUCACUAGGACAAGAAAACGUCACGAGUAUAAUCAGCGUGCAGAUCUUGACCACCACCACCCCUUCUCCAGGUGUGAGCCACGCGAGGCGCUGCAACGACUCGGAGAAGGCCCACUGCGUCAACGGAGGAGACUGUUACUUCAUACAUGGUAUUAACCAGCUGUCCUGCAAGUGUCCCAAUGACUAUACGGGGGACCGCUGUCAAAACUCCGUCAUGGCAGAUUUCUACAAGCUUCUCAGAAUUGAAUUUAUGGAGGCCGAGGAGCUCUAUCAGAGGCGGGUGCUGACGAUCACAGGCAUAUGCGUGGCGCUGCUGGUGGUUGGCAUCGUUUGUGUGGUGGCCUACUGCAAAACCAAGAAGCAGAGGAAGAAGAUGCACAGUCACCAGAACCAGAACCAAAACCAGAAUCAGAACCAGUGUGUAGAGCAACCCAACGGACCCAAGCACCCCGGGCCCGGCCCAGAGGAGAUCCCCAUGCUUGAUUACAUCUCCAAGAGCGUCCCAACGACAGAGUGUGUCAUCAGCCACGGCGCCGAGGGCGCGGGCAACUACGCAGGCAGCCGGAUGUCUACCCGCUCCCACCACUCCACCACUGCCUCGCACGCUUCCAGACACGAGGAGCAGACGUGGAGCAUGGAGCGAACGGAGAGCAUGAACUCAGACUGCCAGUCAGGUGGGCUGUCCAGCUCUGUGGGAACCAGUAAGUGCAGCAGCCCGGCAUGCAUGGCGAGGAGGGCUGCCCACUGGACGGACAUGUCCGGAGCGGGGAUGCAGUACGGGGACUCCUACGACUCUCUAAGAGACUCGCCUCACAGCGACAGGUAUGUGUCGGCGCUGACCACGCCAGCGCGCCUCUCUCCGGUGGAGUUCCACUACCCCCCGCUGCCGCCACAGGUGCCCACCUUUCAGAUCACCUCGCCCAACACAAGCCACGCACUCUCCCUGCCCCCAGCCGCAGCCGCCUACCACAAGGAGGACGACCAGCCGCUGCUACGAUGCCCCGAUGACGGGAGUUUAUACAGACAGCCUCGGCGCCCGCGGCGACCCUACCUGACGGAGAGCACAGGCAGUCUACCGUCCAGCCCCUACCGUCUCCCUGACGACGAGGCCUACGAGACCACGCAGGAGUACGCCUCCUCGCGGGAACCCAUCAGGAGUCGGCGUCGCCCGCGUCGCAACCGCCUCAAUGGACACAUCUCCCAGCGCUCAAUGGGCCUACGGGACUACAGCUCGCAGAGCUUCAGCCAGUCAGACGAGGAGGAGGAGGAGGACGAAGAGGAGGACGAAGAGGACGCUCACGGGGAGAGCACGCCUUUCCUCAGUAUGCAGAACAUGAACAUGGACCCGCCCCCGUCCGCCCCAGGUUACCGCGCGGACACACGGACUCACCGCGGGCCGAGUGGUCGGCCGGCGGCGCGCAGCAAAGGGCAGAGCCGCGGCUCACAGCCGCAGCGCUCCAAGGCUGAUAACAUGCCCCUUUAAGACUCAACCCCCCCCCC